CUCAGAGCGGAGUGACCCGGAUGUACUCACGGCAUCAGCUUCCGGGUCAGAGGUUGCUCUUCCGGUUCAACAGAACAGCAGCAAACAAACACGAGAGGAAGACCCGCGAAAACACCUCAACUACACACCUGUCAGGUUUCUCUGAUAUAAACUGAAGAUGUUGAGGAGGAAACCGACUCGUCUGGAGCUGAAGAUCGACGACACCGAGGAGUUCGAGAGCGUCAAGAAAGAGCUCGAGGCUAGGAAGCGUCAGCGAGAGGAGGCGGAGUCAGGAGGUGGAGUGGGUGGGGCUUCUGUAAUCAGUGUUGACAUAAUCGGGGGCGGAGCCUCAGCUUCUUCCUCUACGGCGGCGUCGAGGGCGGAGCUAAUCAACGAGCGAAUCGGCUACAAGCCGCACCCCAAACCGGCCACGCUGCCGACCUUAUUCGGAAGUUUACAGUUUUAAUAAAAAAAAUCAUAAAAAUGUUAAAACAGAAGGAACAGUUAUACGGGUUUUAUUAACGUUCGAAUCUGUCUGGACAAAUGCAACUUAAACAGUUCCAAUAAAGUUGAUUCAAACACA